AUGCGCCAUGCCGCCGGGAUAAGGAUGGAGUUCGUCGGCCCGGUGCCGUGCACGCUGACACCUGCCACGACCGCGAUCGAUCGGCUACGCCGCUGCAUUAUUCCGGUGCAGCUCACCCACGAGAUGGAGCGAUGCGACGACCGGACCCCGACGCGGUCGAUGGCACGGUUCCGUGUGGAAGGAUAUGGAAUCGCUUGUUAUGCUACGCUUUGCUGCAGCCUCGACCCCAAUCCGGCCACGCGUAUUGAAACGGACGAGAUCAUGGAGCACCCCUGGUUCUGCCAUGACGCGAACGACGGCGGAGGCGAGCAGGAGCAACUGAUGCGCGGCCACAAGGAGGCGGCGUGGUUCAAUACGGAGUUCGAGGAGGAGAUGGCGCGGGAUAUGACCGCGUUCGACAUCCUGGCCUUCUCACCAGGCUCGGACCUCUCCGGGUUGUCCGGUGUCAGGCCGGGCACGGAGCGGGUGUUCGUCGGCGAGCCCGCGGCGGUCGUGCUGGCCCGGGUUGAGGAUGCUGGGAAGAAGCGAGGGCACCGUGUAAGGAGGGAGGGGAAGAACCGCACUAUACCGGUGUUCGUGGAGGCGGUGGCCGGCGGCAUUGUCGCCAAGGUGACUGUGUUUAGGAUCGCCGAAGCGUUAUCAGUGGUCGAGGUCGUGAAGGGCCAUGAUGCGGAGGCCACGACGUUCUGGAAGGAUUGGCUAGAGCCAGCCAUGAAGCCUCGAACAGUGUGAAAAACUUACAGAGUGCGAGCCGAAUAUCAUAUCGUCUCGCCGUGCUGGCGCCGCGGAGCGCGCAUCGAGAAUUGUUGUUUCAAUGGCGGAUUAUUUUGAUUUCUUUUCUUCGGGUCGUGUUAAAGCGGCUGCAAUGUGGUGGGGGGAAGAAUUCUUGCCAACUCGAGACAACAAUCGCAAUCGCCACUACUCACAGGGGCACGGGCACGAACACAUCGCCCGACGACAUGAAACUCGGCUUCCGCGCCGCUCCCUCGAUAAAGGUCGGGCAGGAUGGAAA